AUGGCAGGCAGCGGCCGGAUGGUGACCUCCUCACGGCGCGCAGGGAGGAUCACCAACAAGUCGAAAUUGCUCAUUUACCGGGGGUCGGAUAAGGUCGAUCUGGCCCAUGCCGAGGUCGUUUCGUGGACCGAUGGGGAUGGCGAAAGCGCGCCGAAACAUCAGCAUGUGGGGGCCAAGGGGGUGGAAAGUGGGGAGAUGCUGGAACAUCAUCUCCAAGCUGCCCUCUCCUCACAUUCCCUCUUGCACUCCCAAGCGACCACAUCCUCUCCUACCCCCUCCUCCCGCCUCAAGUCGGACCAAGCCAACGCCGCCGCUUCCUCCUCCACCGCCCCGCCCGCUGCGCUCAACUACCACAUCCCCACGCCGGACGCGACAGGGCUCACGGUCACCGCGGACUAUGUCCGGCUCUACCAGGCCCCCUCGCAGCGGUAUCAGGAGCCGAGCAACUUUAUCCGGUUCUCCGAUACCGUCGAGGAGGCUUCCGGCGGAUGGGGCGGACUCGGGUAUUGCAUGGACGACGAGGAUGAGCGGUGGCUGGCCGAUUUCAACGGGAAGCAGCAGGGAGGCAGUGGGAGUGGGGGUAAGGAGGGCAAGGAGAAUGUGCCGGUGUCGGCGGGAAGGGAGAGGCGGGGGAAGGGGAAAGAUAAGGAGAAGGAGAGGGAACAGGCGGCACCACCACCACCCCUGGUCAUCACCGAGGAGGCGUUUGAGUAUGUCAUGGGUGUACUGGAAAAGUACACGGAUGAUAAUGUUCCCACUCUCCACACAGACCUCUCUAUCCUCCCCACCUUCGCCUCGGUCGAGUCCCUUUUCUCAUCCUCCAUCCCCGCCUCCUUCCUCCCCUCCAACGAGGUUCCCCGUUCACUCCCUGAAACCCCCGCGCUCGUCCGCAUGGCACGCUCCAUCUACUCUCAUUGGAAAUCCCGCCGAGAACGCCGCAAGGGCCGCUCCAUCUGCCCUCAGCUCAACUACGACGAAACGAACGAUGGCGACCCAUACGUCUGUUUCCGGCGUCGUGAUAUCCGCGCCACUCGUAAAACUCGACGUACCGACAAUUACUCUGUCGAGCAGUUGCAAAAAUUGCAGUAUGAGUUGCGGUCGGCGCAUUCGAUUGCGGAGAUGGUGGUCAUGCGUGAAAAGGAGAAGAAGAAGCUUUAUGAUGCGGAGCGGGAGGUGUGGGAGGCCAAGUGGAAGUUGUUUGAGACCAAGAAGAGGUGGCCUAGCCUGGGCAUCACGAAGGAUGAGGAGGAAAUCAUCACCGGUCGAAUGGCGCAUGGAACCAACACCGCCGCGUCCAGCACGUACGGCGGAAGUAUCUCCAUGUCUGUCCUGAACGGGCAGCAGGCGUUACAUUCGAGUCAUCCGAAUAUCCCUCGACAUGGUAAAAAGACGGCGGAUCGGGAGAAGGAGGCAGAGAGGGAGAAGAGGGAAAAGAUGCAAGAAGUGGCGUCGAGGGGCGGGGAUCGGAACGGAGCGGGAGCCAGGUGGUAUGCCCCCGAAGAGCUCAAGGCGAGGAUGUCGGUAUUGCGGCAGAGGCUGGACGAGGAGAUGGCGCAGAAGCGAGAGAGGGAUCACGAUUGGGACGAUGCGACCGAUAUGUCGUAUCAGCCCCUUCCAGCAGGUCAGGCCGAGCAUGCUUUCCGGUCCGUCACGUCGCUCGAUUCCCAAUGGGCCAGAGAGCACAAUGGGGAUGCGUCGUCCCGGCCGCCAGCGUUCCGGCUACGGAUCGGUCGUGGCGGGGUCCAACAUCUCGAUCGUCGACAACACGUCUCUCAACGAUCCCGCGGCUCCCCUCCUUCCUCCCCCUCGGACUUCCCGGGGUGGCUUUUCCCAGACAGCCUCUCAUCCCGCUCCUCCCGCCGCCGUCCUACCUCGAUCGACGACGACGAAUCGGACGACUCCUCCAGCAGCCCGCUGAAGCGGCGCCGGCUCAACGAGUCGUGGCGGUACAAUGCGGACAGCGGGGGCGCUAUCGGCGUUGGGAUGGGUCUAGAGGAGGACCAAGACCAAAUCAUCAUCGACGACAUGGACUCCAAGUACAUUCGUCACCGCAUCACCCUGCUACACGAGGGCGACAUGUCCAAGCUCCAACCGGACACCUCGGCGAUCAAGCAGGCUAUGGCGAGCAUCGACGAGCCGCGGGAGCUACCGCCCAUGCCCAUCUUUAUCCGGCCGCCCAUCAACAAUCAAUUCCUCAGCCAGCAGAUGCAGCAGCAGCAGCAAAUGCAGCAACAGCACAAGCGGGCGCAGCAGCAGCAAAGGCAGUUGCAAGCGGCAGCGCAGGCCCAGGCUCAGGCGCAGCAGCUGGCUCAGGCCCAGGGAGCGCAGGGACAGGGGCAGCAAGGACAGGGACAGGCGCAGGCGCAGGCGGUACCGAUGUCGCAGAGCAGUUCGAGUGCUUCCUCGGCCACCCACCCCAACCCUCCACCUAAUCCCACCAUCAACACCAACAACGUCUCCACCCCGAACCCCUCUGCCAGCAAUGCCAACGCGAACGGUGCGACCGCGCAAACCGCCAGCCCAUCCCUCCCCACCGGCCACCUCCAACUCAAACUCCCACCCCACGCGAAAGCGAGGCUGGCGGGACAACAGCAGGUGAUUGUUCAACGGGCGCAGUAG